AUGGCGACCAUGCAACGUCUUCUCAAGAAGAUCGUCAAGAACGAUGCUAUGCAAACCGAUCCCGCCGAGAUCUACGGAUGGAGAGUGUUUGCCCUCGCCGCCUCCGCCUGUUUCGGUGCCAUGUCCUUCGGUUGGGACAGUUCUGUCAUCGGUGGUGUCGUUGUCAUGAAGCCUUUCAUGAACGACUACGGCUUGGGAGAAGCUUCCAAGGUCGAAACCGCCAACCUUACUGGUAACAUCGUCUCCACCCUCCAAGCCGGUUGCUUGGUUGGUGCUCUCAUCGCCUCCCCCUUGACCGACAGAUACGGCCGCAAGUGGUGUCUCGUCGGUGUCGCUGCUGUCAUCCUCGUCGGUGUCGCCAUGCAAGCCGCGUCUCUCGGUAAACUCGCUCCUAUCUUCGUCGGUCGCUUCAUCUCCGGUCUCGGUGUCGGUGCCGCCUCCAGUAUCAACCCUCUCUACGUCUCAGAAAACGCGCCCCGUGCUAUCCGUGGUCUCCUUACCGGCAUGUACCAACUGUUCAUCGUCACCGGUGGAAUGAUUGCUUUCUGGAUUAAUUACGGUGCCGAAGUCAACCUGUCCGGAAAGACGAUGUACGUGUUUCCUUUGGCUAUCCAGGGUCUGCCCAGUCUGCUCCUUCUCGUUUGCAUGCUCUUCUGCAAUGAGUCUCCGAGAUGGCUUGCUCGCCAGGACAGAUGGGAAGAGUCCAAGAAGGGUCUCUCCGUCCUUCGCAACCUACCCGAAACGCAUCCCUACCUCGAGGACGAGUUCCAGGAGAUUGUCGACCAGCUUCAGCACGAGAGACAACUCAUCGGCGAGGCCACUUUCAUGAACUUGCAGAAGGAGAUGUGGACCAUCAAGGGAAACCGCAACCGUGCCCUCAUCUCCAUCUUCCUCAUGAUCUGCCAGCAGAUGACCGGUACCAACGCCAUCAACACCUACGCCCCGACCAUCUUCAAGAAUCUCGGUGUCACCGGUCGCUCCACCCCUCUUCUGUCCACCGGUGUCUACGGCAUUGUCAAGGUGCUUGCUUGCAUUUGCUUCCUGCUCUUCAUGGCCGACUCUCUCGGUCGUCGUCGCUCGCUGCUGUGGACCUCCAUCGCCCAGGGUAUCGCCAUGUUCUACAUCGGUCUCUACGUCCGUAUCUCUCCGCCCGUCGACGGCCAGCCGGUCCCGGGAGCCGGAUACAUGGCUCUGGUUGCUAUCUUCUUGUUCGCCGCCUUCUUCCAAUUUGGCUGGGGUCCCGCCUGUUGGAUUUACGCAUCUGAGAUCCCGACUGCUCGUCUCCGUUCUCUGAACGUUGCCCUCGCCGCUGCCACCCAGUGGCUUUUCAACCUCAUCGUCGCCCGUACUGUCCCCAACAUGCUGGCCACCGUCGGCAACCACGGCUACGGAACCUACCUCAUCUUCGGCAGCUUCUGUUUCUCCAUGUUCUUCUUCGUUUGGUUCUUCGUCCCCGAGACAAAGGGUGUCUCGCUCGAGCACAUGGACAAGCUCUUCGGCGUCACCGAGUACGACUCCGACAAGAACCUCGCCGUCGACAACGCCAGCGACCACAAGACCCCCGUCGAGGUCCAGGUCGAGUCCUCCAACAACCCGUACAACCACGUCCGCAAGGAGAGUGCUUAA